AAACGUGUUCGGACCAGCAAGCCAAAGGUGAAGACAGGAUGUACCAACUGCAAGCAACGAAGAGUCAAGUGUGACGAGGCUCGUCCAGCCUGCACAAACUGUGUUCGAAGCAACAAAGUCUGCACUGGUUACCCACCCCCUAGUCGCAGCGCUCGCCCUUUCGAGGAGAUCCGAAUCGCACCAAAGCCUAUGCCAGCUGGCGAGACUCAGGCUACUCCGACCCGCCAAAGAACGUCAUUAGCGACACUGAGAACCGCCUCCCCCGGGACACCAUCUGCAUCUCCUACCACUUAUCAGCCUUCCUUGGGCCUCCAAUUACCAUCAAACGAGGGCUUCUACUUCGAAAUCUUCCGGUCGUACACGGCUAGCGAGCUAUCAGGCUUCUUCGACAACUCCUUUUGGACUCGCCGCGUCUUGCAGGAAUGUCACGCCGAAGAUGCCAUCAAGUGCGCUGUCAUCGCCCUGGGUGCUUUGUACCAGACCCUUGAGCAGACGGCCGAGCCAAAUGCGCAUGCUCGUCCCGGGUUGAGCGCUGACGCUCGUGCUGACAUGGUCAGGAGUCACUGGCAGGUGGCCAUCAAGCGUUAUUCCGAUGCGUGCAACGCCCUUGUGAAGCUCAACAGCCAGGACCAAAGAUCGCACAAGGUUCUCAUCAUGGCCAAUGUGCUAUUAGCCUGCUUCGACUCCUUUAUUGGAGAUCAUAGACAAGCAAUUCACCAGAUACAAACAGGACUCUCCUUACUCAACACCUUUCGUGCUCAGCAAAGGGAACGACUAUUACCGGCCGCAGAAGACCCCGUCGAAGAGGAGCUCGUUACUAUCUUUACACGCCUGGCAAUACAAGCAAAAUCCUACGACAUGGCCUUCCAUUUUCCACAACCCUUUAGUAUUCGACUCAGCUCGCCGUCACAACCUCAGUCCCCCGGUUCGAGUCGCCCCAGCUCUCCUCCGCAUGAAGAGCCUUGGGCUAUCCCCGAAACAUUCACCUCGGUCUUCGAAGCCCGUAUAGCCUGCGACAUGUUGAAUGCGAGAAUAAUGCGGUAUAUCGAAGGGUUAUUCGCUAUUAAAACGGACCUCAAAGGCACACUCCCUCAGUCGUGGAGAGAUUAUGGCCUCCAGUUCAGGGGUCAGAUCGAGACUUGGUGUAGUGCCUUUGACAGCAUAUUCCAGUCACGGCACAACCCAUCUGUCAGUCCUCAGGAGAAGGCUGGUAUUGGUGCCCUGAAGAUGCUGGCAACCAACGGGCAAAUACUAUACCUGAUGAUGUUUAGCGACAAAGAGUCGGAUUUUGAUGCUUUCCUGCCUCAGUUCCGUUCCAUGGUCGAGUUGGGUUUCGAGAUAAUCAGUGACGAGGAGCGACGUGCCGCCCUCCGAGACUGCCCUAGCCCUGAACAGUGUCAACACCAACAACACCAACAUUGGCAGACCCAAGACUUCUUCUCGAGCGGAGGAUUCUCAGCUCCCCACAUCAAGCCUCGGUUCGCUGCUGAUCUGGGCAUCAUCGCCCCCCUUUUCGUCGUGGCAACCAAGUGUCGUGACCCUGGGACCCGACGACAAGCUAUUCAGCUCUUACGCAGUAGCGCCCGUCGCGAGGGUAUGUGGGACAGCGAGAUGGUGGCCCAUAUCAGUACCUGGGUCAUGAACCUAGAGGAAUCAGACUCACUUGCAAUGGGGGUAGAGUCAUUCCCGAGCGAUGGCAGCGCGAGACCUAUUCCGCGAAUAGUUCCGGAAGAGAAGCGUGUAAUGAUACGCUCGGUCGACUUUGACUUGCGUGCCAGAGUUGCAGAGUUGCAAGUCGGUACUCGAGGUCUCCAACCUGGGUUGCCCGAUCCCAAGUUCCGGCAGACUCGGCUCACAUGGUGA